AGUCCAUGGUUUCCGGAUUGAAUUUAGUCAAUUGAUCGGUUGUGGUCGUCAUUUUCGCUCUCUUAUUAUAUAGCGCUCGCUUUCCUCUUCUCCUUUCCCGCUUCAGAGUUCAGAGAAUACUACACUUCACGCCAAUUGUCACGUCUUGGCACAGAUGUUUAUUGUGCCACUCUGGCCGGAUAGAUACUGAAUCAUGAAAUACUCGUAGUACCACAUAAAAUGCGUCCUCUACAGGUCAACACAGCCAUGCGGGUUGCUACGCGCUAAUAUGGCGCGUAGCCACUACACUACACAACUGCAUUACUUUCUCAUGGCUUCUGUAUUCAAAUGCUUCCGAAAAUCCACCCAGCACAUCGUCAUGGAUGGUCACCGAAGUCGUACGAACACCGAGAAUUUUAUUACGAUGACGCACGUGUUACACUUUAUGGGACAGAAACUAUCCAGUCGAUUGCGAAGGAUCUAUUUAGUGGGAGCCCGCGUGGAACUGGAAAUCGGCAACACUCUGGAUUCUACCGAUUAUCAGUAUGAUAAAUGUCAAAUGCAUCGCAACAUCGCUAAGCAGACCUGUGAUCGGUUCUCGUCAUCCUGUUAUCGUCUGGUUGAGUUCAUUGCAGCAUGUGAUGGUCUACCGUGCGAUGCCGUGCAUCUGGUGGAUUGUCAUAUGGAUUUGAAAUACGCUCGACUGAACCGUUGCACGGAGAUCAAACUGUCGGUUGGCCUGUCGAUGUGUUUGUCCUUGACGGAUGAUUUCGGCAGCGCGGUCUGGGCAUCACUGGAAGCAGCCGUGCCGAUCCCGAGCGAACACAAGCUAGCCAGAUUGUCAGGGUGGUUGGCGUCCAUCUCGGCUGACCAGGUCCGGCGCGCUGAACAUGGGCUAGCCUGCAGGGACUGGUUGCAUCGGGAUCAUCCCUAAACAACAAAAACGCCAGAAACUGAACAUCCCACAUCCUGACUCGAUGGGUGCAUCGAUCUAGAAAACCUGAUUCAGAAUGGAGUUGUCAUCAUUGGCCAGUUUGGAGAGCGCGUUAUCUUCUGCUACACGGCAGACAAGAAUGAACACCUUACAAACUAUCCGCGCCCACAUACAGUCUGGGACGCCAGGUUUAGCCGGAGAUAAUCCGCAGCUGCAGCAGCGAAUCGCCGCGCUCAUCGGUGAUCCCUCCGAGAUGGUGUGCCAGCUGGCACUCGAGACCUACAGUGACCUCCUUCAUGGAAACUGGGAAAUCGAUCAGUCGGUCCCUGUUCUGCUAAACAUGCUACAGAUCCAGUUAGGCAUCGAAGGAUCAGUGAGUUCGUCGGAUAACAGUGCAGCUCAGUGUGAAUCGCGGCAGGAAUCGGAAGAAAUUCGUCUGCUGGAAGUGAAGCUGUUACACUCUCUUAUACAGCAGAAAGAUGGUUUAAUGAAGCUCUACGUGGAUGUUAUCGUGAAAAUACUCGCAAAAACUCUUCAUGAUGCUUUCGCGGAAAUCCGCAUCGAAUCCUGUCGCUGCAUCAAGACCCUCGCCGUGACCUUUAGCAAGGAUUUCCUCUCCCAGUCCGAUCCCAUCAUCGACGCCCUUCUAGCAACGUUCACCCACAACCAAGCCCGAGUGCGAGCUGCCCACACCGAAGCCAUGGGCUACGCGCUGCAGUACGGCAAUUACCGGCGCAUCACCGACGUCUGGCGGUCCGUGGCCCAGCGCGUCAUCGACGCCCACCACACGGUGCGCCGUGCUGCGUUCAAUACGCUGCAUUUGUGGAUGACGCAGUUCCCGGAUCGCUACUCGCACUGGAACCGUUUUAUCCCGCUGUUUAUCUGCGGACUGUUUGAUGUGAUCGCGGAAGUUCGCGCGGAGUGUGACGUGCUGUGGCGGGAUAUCGGGCAGCAGUACGAAGCGGAGAACCAUGAUGAGGUUCAGCAAGCGGCCGAAUUAGAUUUCGACCGAAGCGCAGAAACUGGCGGAAACUUCCCGAGCAAUUUUACAGAAAAUUCGUCGGCUGAGCGGCCGCUGUUGGGUUGCCGGUUGCUGGUGCAGCGCGUGCUCUUCAACGUUAUCCAAUCCAAUUUAAACGACCUGAAGGAUUGGCAGGAGAGUGUGCGAUUACAAGCCAUUAAACUCCUUCAGCAGCUGUUACGCCAUGCAGAAGUAUCCAGCGUGGUUGUCAUCGAUAAGGUCCUAGCGGCGCUGCCGACAGCAGCCCGCGAUGAAAACCGAGAUGUGGUGCUAGAGACUAAGCAAUGUGCGAUCCUGAUUGGGAGGUUCAUUGAGCCGAAGGUGUUCUGCAAGCUACUGUUGCCCAGCCUGGAUAGUGCCAGUCAUUUGGUGGUGCUUAGCGGAAUAUUGGCCGGUGCGGGUGCUGACCUUUUAAAGGAUUAUCUUAUGGGGACCUUGAGCGCACUGAAGGCGCUAACGCUAACUACGUCAGAAGCGCAGCAUUUUUACAUUUUGGAAUGCAUCGAGCGGUUAAUGCAGAAGAUGCCGGUCCAGUUGAUCGAGUACACAAAUCUUGCUUACAGCUUGCUAAUGCACAUUAACGCUUUAACUGAAAGCAAAGAAAUGAAAGCCAAGAUUGCAGAAAUGGUGGAACAACUGAAGAAACAUCAGUAUACUGAUUCCAACGCCGAUUUCUGCUCGAAGCUUUGUCGGUCAUUCCACACCGAACUUCUGAGUUGUCCAGCUUUAGCCGGAGACUGGAGUUUCUGCUCCAUGGAAUUCCGCAUCCUGCAGAAUUACCUGGAAGAGCACGGCAUUACCGUGCUGCACCAGAACAGUGACCUUUUAUUCCCGGCCUUCAUUGCCAACACAGCUCCGUCAAAGAGCGUGCGCGUCCGUUUCGGGAUUUUCCAACUACUGCUGAACAUUAUACAGGAUACUCGAAACCAGCCCCCCGCCGACGGCGACUGGAAUAGCCAGCACUCGGAGUCGAUGGUCCGGGAACUUUUUGCUCCGAAUAUGACAUGGAAACCUGGCAGAGCCGAAUCGGUUCUGCGUGCCGCGUGCUGCUCGUGUUUGGUUGUCUGCGUCGAACAGGGACUGCUCUCGAUUGCGCUGCUAAAUGAUCUACGAAGCGAAGUGCUCCCGAAGCUGGAGUCGUUGGUACGGGACGAGCAUUCUUUGACGCAACAAGCAGCGUUACGAUUGUACCGAAUCUACUGUAAAUCGGGCGCUGGAUUCAACGAAUACGAGACGAAACAGGUUUUCGGGGCCUUUUUGAAAGGACUGGACGGGCAGCGCGACGUCCGACUGGAAGCACUGCGGGGUCUCCAUGACCUUUUCAGUACCAUGCCCUUGGAACUCGGUGAUUGUGAUACGUCCGCCGCCGAGGAAGCCUGCCGAGUCCUCUUGAUACACUUGGAUGAUCCCGACGCGGAGAUUGCCAAGAAGACGUUGGCGUGUUUACGGCGCGCUCAGUGCUAUGAGAUUUUAAAUCAGUUUAUCAAAGCGCAGAAGAAAUCCGUUGGUUCCAAGUAUUCAGAGUUGGUGGCUGUUUAAAUUUGCGUGUGUUAUUACAUAUUACUGGUAACUGUUAUUUAUGUUUUGCUGUGCCUGUGCUGCUUGAUGUGGUGGUUGUUUGCUUGAGCGUGAUAAAUCUCCUUGGAAACUAGAGCAUUUCUAAUAAAGAACUAGGGUAACUGC